UUUUUGCAUUCAUUUUCAGGGGCCAAUAACCAAGGCUAAGCCCGCCAUUUUCCGGCCUCUUUUCCUAUCAUUAUCCGGCCGUUUUGUUCCCAUUCCGGCCAUUUCGUCUAUAUUCCGGCCUAAUUUCCGUCGACAUCUGACGAGAUCUUUACAAACUUGUGGAUAAUGGCGGAUUACGGUGCGGUUUUGCUGUGCAUUUUUAUCUCGUUUCUUCAAGCGUCUUAUGCAAUAGCGGCUAAAGCAAGAGCUGAGAGCUCUGAAGAUGACCUGGUUUUGAAUCUUCCUGGUCAGCCUCCGGUUGAAUUCAGGCACUAUUCAGGAUAUGUGAGAUUGAGAGAAGGAGAUGGGAAAGCUCUGUUUUAUUGGUUCUUUGAAGCUCAAGGGAAUGUUUCAGAGAAACCUCUGCUGCUUUGGCUCAAUGGAGGUCCAGGAUGUUCAUCAAUUGCAUAUGGUGCUUCUUUGGAGCUGGGCCCAUUCCUGAUUAGAAAUAAUCAAUCCAAACUGAUAUUCAACAAUUACUCUUGGAACAAAGUGGCGAACCUUCUGUUCCUUGAGGCACCAGUUGGUGUAGGUUAUUCAUACACCAACAAAAGUGAAGAUUUGUUGGUGCUUGGGGAUCGUAUCACUGCAGAGGACUCUCGCACUUUCCUCUUGAAUUGGUUUAAAAAGUUUCGUAGCUUCAAGUCCCACGAUUUUUACAUUGCUGGAGAAAGCUAUGCAGGUCAUUACGUACCUCAGUUGGCUGAGCUCAUAUACGAUGGGAACAAGCACUCAGGCAAAGAGUCUUACAUCAAUCUUAAAGGAAUCAUGAUAGGAAAUGCGGUGAUGAAUGAUGAAACAGAUGAGAUGGGCAUGAUCGACUAUGCUUGGAGCCAUGCCCUUAUAUCAGAUGCGCUCUACCACACCAUUAAGAAGGAAUGUAACUUCAAAAGUGAUAACCAAACCAUUCCUUGCCUCCUGGCCAUGAGGAGCUCCAUGGAAGUUUAUGAAGAAAUUGACAUUUACAGUCUUUACACACCCAUCUGCCUCGCUACUCUCGACAAAACAUCUAGAAAGAGGCUUCUCACCCAUAGCCGCUUGUUCUCUAGCAAUGACCUAAGGGGCAUGCUCCCUUCUGGUUAUGAUCCUUGCAAUGAGCACUACGCAGAGGCUUUUUUUAACCGAAAGGAUGUACAGAGAGCUUUGCAUGCUAAUGUCACAGAUCUGCCUUAUGCAUACAGUUCAUGCAGUGAAGUCAUAAAGAAAUGGAAUGAUUCUCCAGAAUCCAUUCUCCCCAUCAUCACCAAGCUCAUUACAGCUGGCCUGCGCGUUUGGGUUUACAGUGGGGACACAGAUGCGAGGAUACCAGUGACUUCAACAAGAUACAGCUUAGAGAUAUUGGGAAUGAAGACUAAGGUUGGGUGGAGGCCUUGGUUCAAUGAGGGGCAGGUUGCAGGGUUUGCUCAAGUUUAUGAGGGUGGCCUGACCUUUGCCAGUGUGUAUGGAGCUGGUCACCAGGUACCUGUGCUUAGACCUCAACAGGCUCUCUCUCUCCUCGUUCACUUCCUUGCAGGCGACCCUCUCCCCCCUUCCAGGUUCUAGUGCCAUUAACAAUUGAGAGAAAUUGACUGCUUGCUCGUGGAAUUGUUGCUCUCUCUCUCUCUCUCUCGCUCGCUCUCAUGAGUAUUUAAUCAAUCAAUGCUCAACUUUCAUACGUUUCACUCGGAAAAACUCUUUAACAUCUCAUUCGUGAUUAUUUAAUCAAUCAAUGCUCAAUGCUAAUUCA